GAGAACUCAAAACUGCCAAACACUGCACACUCGGGACUGGGCCGUUUCAGUGUCACUUCCGCCGCCUUCUCCCUCAAUCAAGAGCGCCCGUCCCUUCGCCCGCGCGCCCCGCCAUGGCCGCGCCGUGCGGCCGCGGCGGCGGCACGCUGACGCUGGUCCUCGUGGCUCUCUCCGCGGCGUUCCUCACCUACAACGUGCUCAUCUCCUUCCACUCCUCCCUCCAGCCCCUCCCUUCCUCCUUCCCCACCGCCUCCCGCCGCUUCGGCGCCGCGGGGUCCGCCAGGCGGAGGGCGUUCCACACCGCGGUGACCGCGUCAGGGUCCGCGUACAACACGUGGCAGUGCCGCGUCAUGUACCACUGGUUCAAGGAGGCGCGCCGGGCGCCGGGCGGCGACGAGAUGGGCGGGUUCACCAGGAUCCUGCACUCCGGGAAACCCGACGAGUUCGUCGAUGAGAUCCCCACAUUCGUCGCCGACCCACUCCCCGAUGGGGAUCAGGGAUACAUCGUUCUCAAUAGGCCAUGGGCAUUUGUUCAGUGGCUCCAGAAAGCAGACAUAAAGGAAGACUAUAUUUUGAUGGCAGAGCCAGAUCACAUAAUUGUCAAGCCUAUCCCAAACUUGUCGAGAGAUGGUCAGGCAGCAGCUUUCCCUUUCUUUUACAUUGAGCCUAAAAAAUAUGAGAAUGUGUUGCGUAAGUUCUUCCCUGAAGACAAGGGGCCAAUCACUAAGAUUGAUCCUAUAGGAAACUCUCCUGUCAUUAUUGAGAAGGAAUCUCUUGGAAGGAUUGCACCGACUUGGAUGAAUGUUUCAUUAGCAAUGAAAAAAGAUCCUGACGCAGAUAAAUCUUUUGGCUGGGUUCUUGAAAUGUAUGCCUAUGCCGUGGCAUCUGCUCUCCAUGGAGUGGGCAACAUCUUACGCAAGGACUUUAUGAUUCAGCCACCUUGGGACUUGGAAGUUGGUGAUUCUUUUAUUAUUCAUUAUACUUAUGGCUGUGAUUAUGACAUGACGGGUAAGCUGACUUAUGGCAAAAUUGGAGAAUGGAGAUUUGACAAGAGAUCAUACACGGACAAACCUCCACCUAGAAAUUUGCCGUUACCACCACAUGGUGUAGCUCAAAGUGUGGUGACACUUGUGAAAAUGGUCAAUGAAGCAACAGCCAACAUACCAAACUGGGACUCCUAUGCCGCUGCUUUUUAACCUGUUACAAAUUUGGCUCACAAUUUUGUUUGCCAGAUAUUUCCAUUCCAGCUGACUUUGAUACAUGAUAAUUGCCUAACAUGGAAGAUGAGUGGAUGAUACAGUGGAAUGCAUACCAGGUUUUACACAAGGCUGCCGGUUCCUUACCUUUCUGAUUGAAUCCUGAUAAUAUAUGGUGCAAUGCCAUCCCUUUUUUCUCCUAAUUUUGUUAAACACAUGCACAUCAGCACAUGACACAAUAUGUCAAAACACACUCACCUUUGGUGAAAGCUGCAAUGUAGAUGACUGAGAGAUGUGAUGUUCUUAUCUGGAUCUGAAUGUGCUUAUUAGAAGAAGAAAAAAAAGAGUCAGGCGCUGCUCUGACAAACGCAAAACCUCCUGUGUACUGGUUUUCCUAAUGCUUGAUUUACUCGAUUAUUCAUUUGGAAUGAAGCUGUGAAAAGUUGCAUCAAUCAAACUCAAUGUGCAAUAUAAGCCGACCCUCUGGAGGUACCAACAACUUGUGAGACAUUUAUUUGUUGUUUAUUUACGUAAUUAUUUGUU